AUGGCCCUGUUCGGUUCUAGCUCCAACAAUGCGUCCUCAGAGACUCAAGAAGUUAAGACCGCUAUUAUUAAACAACUGCAGCAAGAGGCCGCUAUGAACAAUGCUCGGAAUCUGAUCGCUAAAGUCAAUGAGCACUGUUUCGACAGCUGCAUCCCCGCGCCAGGCUCCUCCGUUUCUUCCCAAGAACAAACCUGCCUCUCCAACUGCAUGGAAAAGUAUAUCAAUUUGUGGAAUGUUGCCAGCCGCACAUACAUCGCCCGUGUUGCUCAGGAGAGCAAGAAGAUGGGUGGCCAAGACACUGUUGCAAUGAACUCGUUAGCCACUUCGCCGACUGACGGCAGCCUGUAG